CUGUCUCCGCUAAAUUCCUGCAAUCUCAAUCAAAUAAGGCGGCAAAUUGUUAAUUAAUUAUUAAUUAAUUAAUUUAAUUAUAAAACCCUUUCUGCAAUCUCUCUCUCUCUCUCUCUCUCCGUAAUGUGGGUUCUCUUCUUGAUUGCCCACCUUCUUUAUCUUCCUCUGCAGGUUAUAGUGUAGUCUUAGAAGGAAGGGAGAGGGAAGGUGUUUGUGGCAAUGGAGGAGCAUAGUCAAUUGAAGCGUGCCAUUAUUGAUUCCUCUGCUGGGGCAAUUUCCGGUGGAAUUUCAAGGACAGUAACCUCUCCCCUCGAUGUUAUUAAGAUUAGGUUCCAGGUUCAACUAGAGCCCACAUCUUCAUGGGCUUUACUACGCAAGGAUCUUGCUGCACCAUCAAAAUACACUGGUAUAUUUCAAGCAUCUAAAGAUAUUUUCAGAGAAGAAGGUUUUCAGGGUUUUUGGCGGGGGAAUGUACCGGCAUUGCUUAUGGUUAUGCCAUAUACAGCUAUACAGUUUACAGUUUUACAUAAGUUGAAAACUCUUGCCUCUGGUUCUUCCAAGUCAGAGGAUCACAGUAGUUUGAGCCCUUAUCUGUCCUAUGUCAGUGGGGCAUUAGCUGGAUGUGCAGCUACAAUAGGGUCUUACCCGUUUGAUCUUCUCCGAACCAUAUUAGCUUCUCAGGGGGAGCCAAAGGUGUAUCCAAACAUGAGGUCAGCAUAUCUUGAUAUUGUCCAGACUCGAGGUUACAAAGGCUUGUAUGCUGGAUUGUCACCGACGCUAGUUGAGAUUAUACCUUAUGCAGGCCUACAAUUUGGCACCUAUGAUACAUUUAAGCGUUGGGCCAUGGCUUGGAACCAUAGAUAUUCCAAUACCACCACAGGAGGUAACCUCUCUAGCUUCGAACUUUUCGUUUGUGGGUUGGCAGCUGGAACAUGUGCAAAACUUGUCUGUCAUCCGCUUGAUGUAGUCAAGAAAAGGUUUCAGAUUGAGGGGCUUCAGAGGCAUCCAAGAUAUGGAGCAAGAGUUGAGCUUCAUGCAUACAGGAAUAUGUUUGAUGCCUUGAGCCAGAUAAUACGGUCGGAAGGUUGGGCCGGUCUAUACAAGGGGAUAAUACCAUCAACCGUUAAAGCCGCACCAGCUGGGGCUGUAACAUUUGUUGCAUAUGAGUUGACUUCUGAUUGGCUAGAGUCCCUUUAAACUUGAAUUUCCACACUUCUUUUUCUUUUCAUUUUUUUUAAUUACCCAUUCAUUUUUGAAAUAUGAGGUUGAUUCCCUCAUAGAAUAGGAAGAAAGCACGAGGGAUGACCUAAUUGAUUUUGGUUACACCGGUAGUUCAUAAGAGUAAUGUUCCUUUAGAUGGAGGAAACUUAGGAUGAAGGAGGAUCUUAGCAUACAUCAAUACGUGUUUACCUUUUUGUUUUUGGGAACUGAAUUAUAUAGCCUUGCCUGAAUGAGGUGUGGUUGUUCUAACUAAUGUUUUUCUUGAAUUGCAAAUGUAAAUUUACAAUAUGAUACACCUAUCCAUGUGUUACAUUAGAUUU